GUCAGUCAGCCAACAGUUCAGUGUUUGGGCUGAGCAUGUGCUGCGAAUUUGGAAAUACGGAGUAACACCACUCUAAGAUAGAUAUCCCUUCUCUACCCCACAACACAACUGUUCAAAAAUAUGUUUAUUUACUUGCCAUUCCUAGUUGUGAAAAGAGGGAGGGAAAAAAUGCUGUGGGAAAUUCCCUCAUGGAAUGAUAUUGUUGAAUUUCAUUAAAGAAAAAGUGUCACAACAUUUUCUUUUUGGUUCUAAAAGAGGUGGUGUGCCAAGAUGGUUUGAGGGCUGAGGUGAAAUCGAAAUCUCAGUGUACAGACUUCUGAGAGGAAAUAAGAGAAAAAGAAGAACAACAUGAGUGCUAGAGCUGCAUACUUCCAGGGUGCUAGGGCCUCACAGUUUUGAGGGAUUUGAUUUUCUUUCUUUCUGAAGGUAAGCUGCUUAUGGAAAUUGUGGUUUCUGUGGAGCUAAAGUUGAAGGUGUUUGGUGCUUUCUUAUGGUCAUUGAAUUAUUACAGAAAUAGGUGUUAUUUUCAAAGGACAAAUUUUGGAAAGCCAGAUGAUACAAAAUGUUCCUCUUAAUCACUCCAUGGAGAACAUUUGAACAGCAGGGGAAAAGAUAAAUUUUGGAAACCACAAAAUGAAUCUAGGGAAGGACUUACUGUGAAAGACAAACAUGACAUGAAACAGCUUUUGUGUGAGAUUUUAGUGUAGUAUCAGUUCUAGUUUUUAGUUUGCAUGGCUUCUCUGUGAUUUUUAUCUUUUGCUUAAUCUGAAUCUGUAAUUGAACAUUCUGUGCUUGAUAACUGUCAGAAAAGUAGAUUGGGGAGGUAUAUUUGCUGUUUAAAGUAUUUUUUACGAAACUGCUCUGGGCAACAGUUUUAUCUCUCUAAAACCACUUAAUGUUUUUACCAUGAAAGGAGAAGUUAUGCUAAGCAUCCAAGUCUAAUAAUUCUCUUAACGGAAGUGGUACAACUCUGUCAGGAAGUGGAUCAUUUCUUGAAAGAGUGUAUUUAAGAGUUAAGCUUCUAGAGUCCUGAUUCAGUUAGUAUUAAUUUCUUCACUGAAGUCAUUUGUUUAUUUUUUUCUUCAGUUACUGUACAGUUGCAACUACCAUUAUUACAGGCAGCCUUCUCAAAAGUUUAAUUACUAAAACUCUACAUAGUUACAAAGAGAAAAAAAAUAAUUGUCAUAUUGCUGAGUUUCUAAUGAGGAAAAGGAAUGAAUGCUGUCCAUAGGGGAAAGAAAGCAGCACUAGCCGUUGAAACAGAAAUGAGCUGCUAAAGCUGCUUAAGGGAGGCAGAAAUGGAGUUUCUGUUUAAUAAAAAGAAUUGACUUUUGGAUCCUAAUCCUCACUCACAAUAGUUUGAAUUUUUUUCAGAUUUGUUGGAGGGAACACCGAGGACUGUUCUACACAAUGUUGUCUUUAAACCUCAGGAAUACUCACUGAAUAAACUCAAAGUCCUUUUCAAAAGACCUGCAUGUGUAUUCUCACUAUUUUGAAAUUUUACUGUCAACUUUGGAGAGGGGGACUUUAGAAAGAAGAAGUUAAUCAAGGAUGAAGAGAUGCUUUUGACAGGAGGCUUGAAAUCUUUGCUUCCCCAUGUGCUGAGAAGAAUAAUUCGAUGCAACAGACUCAGUAUUAGUAAUACUUCUGGAAUGGCAGAAGGCUAUAAACAGGCCAAUGUUGUGAUUUUGCACAAGUCCCUGGCUGAUGACUUUGAGAAGUUCUGCCGUGCAAAUGAUGGACCCCUGCCACUGCUGUACAGAAGUCAACCAGGAGAUUGGAAAUGUCCUUCCCUGAGUAGUGAUUCUGAUAUCAGAACUGACUGCCUACAGUACAGAAAAUAUGAGCAUGGAGCUUGUACUGGAUCACUGAAAAGCCUUAAGGAAUAUUCUGAACAACUCAAGGACAUGGUGACUUUUUAUUUAGGCUGCAGCUUCUCUUUUGAAAAAGCAGUCCAAAAAGCUGGCAUUCCUAUCAGAAACGUUGAGCAAAAAUGUAAUGUAAGCAUGUACAAAACAUCUGUGCCAUGCUACAGCAUUUCUAUGUUUCACUGCAACUUAGUAGUCACAAUGAGACCUAUUCCUGAAAGCAAGUUGGGAGCAGCUGUUCUAGCAACAUCUGAACUAAAAGAAGCCCAUGGAGCACCAAUUCACAUAGGUGACCCUGGUCUGCUGGGAAUACAAGAUCUUUCUAAACCAGACUAUGGAGAUCCAGUUCAGCUUCACCCUGGCGAUAUUCCAGUGUUUUGGGCCUGUGGAGUGACAGGAGUAGAAGCAAUUAUCAACUGCAGAGCUCCGUUAGCUUUUACUCAUUCUCCUGGCUGCAUGUUCAUUACCGACGUAAAGAAUGACCAUGUCACAUCCUCGGGAGGAGUCCCACAGGUCCACUGCAUCUCUCAAGAUCCUCUGCAUUUCAGUAUUGUGUCAGAAGAAGCAGCCCAAAAGAUAAAUGCUCUUGAGACCCUAAUUGGAAUAGAUCCAGGAGAGCGGGGCAUAAGGCACCUGCAGCGGCAGGGAGAGCUGCUGGGGGCCAGCCUGGCCAUGUCCCACGCGGGGUCCGUGCUGAUCACCACGGGAUUCCCCACCCACUUCAACCACCAGCCCCCCGAGGAGAACGACGGCCCCCCGGGGGCUCUGGCCAUUGCAGCUAUGCUGCAGGCCUUGGAGAAACAGGUUGCCAUAGUUACAGACCAGCGAGCCAUGGAUCUGAAUAAAAGGAUUAUUGAAGAAGCUGUUCAACUAGGAAUCCUGAAGAAACCCAUCCCUCUACUGAGUUAUCAAAGGGAAAAUGCUGAUUCAGCUUUAAUGUUUUUGUGUGAGGAUGGGAAUCCUGGAAGACCUAGAUUUGAUCACCUGGUAGCAAUAGAGCGUGCUGGGAUGGCUGCUGAUGGCAAUUAUUACAAUGCCAGAAAAGUUAACAUUAAACAUCUCGUGGAUCCCAUAGAUGAACUAUUUUUAGCUGCACAAACCAUUCCAGGAGUCACAACAACAGGUGUUGGAGAUGGAGGAAACGAAUUAGGAAUGGGCAAAGUAAAAGAUGCUGUAAAGAAGCACAUAAAAAAUGGAGAUGUCAUAGCUUGUGAUGUUGAAGCUGACUUUACUGUUGUAGCCGGGGUCUCUAACUGGGGUGGCUACGCCAUCGCCUGUGCUCUGUCGGUGCUGCGCUGCUGUGACACCCACGAGCGCUACCUGCGCAGAGCCGUCGGCUUCCCACGCACACCCAGCCCGGGGCUCUGGCUGCCGGCGCUCCCGUCCGUCACCAAGGAAGAAAAGCUUCUGAAAACACUUGUGCAGCUCGGGGUCCGCAGUGGCAAAACUGCCAGUCUAGAGAUGGAAGUGGAUGGGCUGCCCUUCUACAACACCCAUUCACUUAUGAUUGAAAAGCUGCUGCAGGAGGCACAGCAGUGACUGCCUCUAAUGAAUUCUGCAUCAAGACUUGCUCCCAUGUCAUUUCCUUAUUCUUGAGGCUCUCACAAGGUGUAAAAGAUCAGAAAAGGUUGACUUGUCAUCUCUGGUGUCUUGACCACACACAGCCUUUCAUUGUUAUCCUUCCGUGAAACAAGAAGAGGAUAUCAUCCACUUGGUCUGCCUUUCUUUUCUGUAAUUUUAUAAAGGGAAAUGAAUAUUAAAUGUUAUUAUAUAAUAAGAAGUGAUCUGGCUUUUACAAAGAAAGCAUGAAUUUACAAUGAGAUAAUAUUGCACUGCUGUUCUUGUUUUACUAACCUCAUAACUGCAACAGGAAGUAACUCCCGUAGCAACUUGAUUUUAAAAAUACUUGUGGUGAGAAAACAGCUACAGUAGAGAGGGAAGGUUCAAAACAAAACUGCAGUGUUACAGUAGUGAGAGCUCCAUUGCACAUGUCCUGUAGCCCCUCUAACCCUGUGUUCUCAUGGUGGGGGAUAGUUUGUGGAAGUGGGAGGAGAUAAGGAGAAAAUCUCAACUGAGCUAAUGAAAAUAAGGGCAGCAUUGCGGAUCUUCUGUGUUAAGGGUCAGCUGUGCCAUUAACCCCUGUCCUAUUAGUAGUUUGCCACUUAUAUAUUUUGCCACUUUAUGGGUAGUAAAGAAAAGUUUUAGACAUUUCAGAGUAUCCUUGUUACGAAGAAAUUAUUGA